UAAGAAAGUUUCAAUAUUUCCUAAACAGAGUUAAUUGAGAUACGUCUACAAUAUUUAUAUAUUCACUUGUCAAGUUAAAAUCGUGGUGUCUGAGCUUGACUCCCCAAUACCUAUCAAGAGGAAACUCCUUAAGGUUAAAUCGGCAGAAAGGAAUAUACGCCACUGAAAAUGGACUCCAUUAGAAGCUCACAAAUUACUGAAGUCAUACAACACAUAUCAGAGUCGGUGUUUGUGGGACUGUGUCAUAAAGUGGGGACCUCACAACUGGUGGCCUUUAGGAGAGAUGUGGUGGACAUCUGAGAGAUGGUGAUGAAUCAAGUGACACCAAGUGAUGAGUUCAGUACGAUGGUGAGUGGAAGUCACAGUGAAGGAUUCAGACUUAAAGGAUCAGAUAUAGACUUUAUGUACUGGCAAAAUAAUCUCCGUGUGAUCUGGGAAUUAUCUCAGUCUCAGUAUUACAACACACACAGACCAACACUGAUCUUCUGUGACUGUUCUGAUAGUCCACCAGGAUACACUUUGUUAUAUUUACUGUCACCAUGCAUAUAUAGACACAUCCAGAGAGCUUGUGUUAGAAUGAAUAAUAAAUAUUAUAUAUCUAGCUCUAUACACAGACAGAUCGUUUUAUCUGGGUUAUCACUAUCUUAUAAUAACCCAACUCCACAUGGACCCUGUGCCAGUGGAACAUUUGGAACACUAGACUAUGAUUAUGCCCACUGUUUUGUCAGUGACUUUUGGCCUCCCUCUGCCUCCUCAUGGAUAGACAGAUGUCACUCAUGGCCCCCGCCUCAUGUUGUUGAUGAUAUAGUGAAAAAUGGAUGUCACUUUGUAGCAAUAGGACAUAAGUUAGGAAAUCAUGAAGAUCAUGAAUGGAGAAUUUCUUUCUCCCUAGCAGAACAAAAACUUGUGUAUGUAAUGAAUCACUGUCAGUUCUUAACUUACGGCUUACUUAAAUUGUUCUUAACAGAAAUAAUUAACAAUGGAGUAGGUGAUGAUGAUAAAUUACUGUGUUCCUAUCACAUGAAGACGGCAGUUUUUUGGGUGAUUCAACAAAAUACAAUUCCUCACUGGUGUCCACAAAAUCUCCUGAAGGGUUUCUGGGUCUGUUUCAAACUCAUCCUCAAAUGGGUGUAUGAGGGGGUCUGUCCUAACUUUUUCAUUCCAGGCAACAACAUGUUUCUGAGUAAAAUUCAUGGCGUCAAACAACAUCAAUUAUUUAUAAGACUGUCAGAGUUGUAUGAAAAGGGUUUAGCAUUCCUGGUACAUAGUCCCUCCAUCAGAUCUUGUAUUAUAGAUGUCCUCUAUAACCCCAGAAACUCCAUCUGUACAGAUGAUCAUACUCUGAUUUCUGAGGCUGAGUUUGAUGGAAAUCUAUUUUGUGAAAUACUACCUCAUAACAUACUACCAGGCAAAUUGGACAUACAAAGCUUCAUUAGAUAUCUACAUACAAUAGAACAGAUGAUAGGUUCACCCCUCCUGACACAGUAUCAAGUCCUCAUGCUACAGCGCAUGACCGCUAAGGUCCUUCAGUACACUGCUUUUAUGUUUCACAUGGAAAUGUACACACCCAACAACAAACUGAGUUAUAGAGCUGACAAAAUCUCCUGUCACAUGCUGAAAUUAACAGCCAAGUUUGGCUGUAUUACAGACAUGCUGUACAUAGCCAUAUAUUAUUACAAGACACUUAGAUACACACAACGAACACUUAGAUAUGUGAAAGCUUUAUCUGUUAUAGAGAUGAUCAAGGUGAAGUUAGCACAGCCCUAUUUGAUGUAUUGGUCAAAUGUAGAUACAGGGAUGUAUAUGGAUAAUGUAGAUAGAGAGAUGUACACUGAGGCUGUAGGGGGACACUCCUGGUCUACAAAGAUGAGACAUGCUGUAGUAGGGAAUAUCACACUUAUCAAUAGAAUCCAUUACAUCAGUGAACUGAUACCUGAACAACAGUCUGCUCUACAGAACCGGUGGAUUGUAUUACUUCUUCCACCCUUUAUAAUGUUAUACAUGCUAGAGAUCUUGUGCUACAGACAUGUAGACACAAUGCGAACACAAACAGCUCUAGAUGAUCUACAGACCCUAGUUCACUAUGAUCAGGGACAGUUUAUACCUUUAAUAUUCAGAGACAUAUCGUGGCAGAUUCUGGGGAUCUGUCAACAGGUGACAGGGGACCUCCAGGCUGCCCUAUACUCAUACCAACAAUCUCUCAGACAACAAUCAUUCAACCACAUACAAACAGCUACAGGAAUGAGAAUACAAAGUUUAUCAAUGGAUUCCCUUAAUUAAUUAAAUAUCAGAUGAUAUUUGUAAGAGUAUAUCUGAUAGAGAUUUAUUAUUUACAUAUACUCUUCUGAUUUCAUAUUUUCUUUUCUGUCUGUUUUAUUACAUGUAUUAUAAAGCUAAUACUAGUAACUAGUCCAUAAUAAAAUGAAAGAGGCACCAUUGUUUGUCAUAAUUACAGUCAAACCUGUAUUAAGCAGUCACCUACGGGAUCCAUUAAAAGUGACCUUUAUAGAGAGGUGACCUUUGGAUAAAGGUUAAUCUUUUUAAAGGAAUUUAUAUAAAAAUAUGCCAGUUUUUUGUGUUGAUAUUAUGUAUUUCACUAGAAAUAUACAAGGAAGUUAGGUAUUGGACAUAAGUGAUCUCACUUUUAACAUGUUUAAUUUUUGUUUCUUCCGCUUGACUUUUGUGGAUGAAUUCAAACAAAAUUCAAUGAAUCCCAGAAAAUCAAUAAAAUAUUUGUAUAUUGUAUCUUACAAGGUAAAUGCAUUAUCCUCCAUCAAAGCAACCAUUUUUUCUUUUUUGUAAGGAAUGA